AUGCUUCUUGGUAGCAUUGAUAUUCAUCGUACUAUACAGAAAACAAAAUCUCGUAUUCAAGCAGUUGGAACGAAUCAAUCACAACAGUUACGUCAAGCACGUUUACAUCGACAAAUGUUGAUUUUGAUGAUAUCAAGUAUCAUGAUAUUUUUUGUCACAACAUUACCUGUUAGUAUUCGGCAAAUUGUAGCUGCUUAUGAAAUUUCUGUUGGUAAAACUACUGAUUUAAUUAAAAUUAUCACUGAUACGAGUAUACUCACUAUACUACUCACUUUAAACUAUGCUAUCAACUUCUAUGUUCAUUGUUUAACAUCAAAAUUAUUUCGUGAUGAAUUUAUUAAAUUUAUUAAGAUCAUCGUUCGAUUAGCUGGAUGUGCAACUGGAAAUAAUACAAAUAAUAUUAAUCAUACUAUAAUGCCAUCGGUUGCAAAUGGAAAUGCACAAGCCAAUAUUCGUCAUAAACAAUCACACACUUGA